UUUAUUUUUUAAUUGUAUUUUGUUUUCAGUUUAAGGGGUUCGCGCUUCCCCGGCGGGUGAAGCGAGCGGGCGGGAGGAGCCGCCCCCGGCGCCGAGAAGAAGGGGGCUACGCGCACCACGGCGGCGGCUCCUCGGCGGGUUUUGUUUUUGCACUGAAUGUAGCCAGGACGGAUCCCUGUGGGCUUUAGCAGCCCGAGGAAACUGUCAAAGGCACUAUUUUGCAUUUCUGCAGUUUUGCACAGAUUCUGUUCCCAUGCAAACUGAUGAGGGAGAAAUACUGGAGGAAGGCAGUCCCAAGAUGGAACAUGAGGAUUUUGUAAUGGAAGGGCAUGGCAAGACUCCACCUCCUGGUGAAGAAAACAAACAAGAGAAGGAGCAAGAAAGGGAAGAACAGUUAAUGGAAGACAAGAAAAGGAAGAAAGAGGAUAAGAAAAAGAAGGAAUCUACUCAGAAGGUCACAGAUCAAAAAACCAAAGUGCCCGAAGUGACGAAACCAAGUUCAAGCCAGCCAGUGGCCGCCAGCCCAAUUGGCAGCUCUCCAUCGCCACCAGUCAAUGGUGGCAACAAUGCCAAAAGGGUGGCAGUGCCGAACGGACAACCGCCUAGCGCCGCCCGCUACAUGCCUCGGGAGGUGCCGCCGCGAUUCCGUUGCCAGCAGGACCACAAAGUGUUACUGAAACGUGGGCAGCCCCCUCCACCAUCCUGUAUGCUACUUGGGGGUGGGGCAGGGCUUCCUCCCUCUUCAGCACCUGGAGCAAACCCAAACAACGCACAACCAGUGACAGGAGCACUGCUGCAGAGCGACAGUGGGACUGCAACAGAUUCAACAAUUGGAGGUGCUGCUGCUUCAAAUUAUGCAAAUUCCACUUGGGGUUCUGGAGCCGCCUCCAACAACGGCACCAACGCCAACCCAACUCACGUCUGGGACAAGGUGAUUGUAGACGGGUCUGACAUGGAAGAGUGGCCUUGUAUUGCUAGCAAAGACGCUGAGUCUUCUUCCGAAAACACCACCGAUAACAACAGUGCCUCGAACCCUGGCUCAGAGAAGAGCACUGUGCCAGGAAGCACCACUAGUAACAAAGGAAAAGGAAGCCAGUGUCAGUCUGGAAGUGCUGGGAACGAAUGUAAUCUUGGGGCCUGGAAAUCUGACCCCAAAGCUAAAUCUGUUCAAUCUUCCAACCCUGCUGCAGAGAGUAACAAUGGACUAGGAAAUUGGAGGAAUUUGAGUGGGCAGGACAGAAUAGGCCCUGGUUCUGGCUUCAGCAACUUUAACCCAAAAAGCAACCCAUCUGCCUGGCCAGCACUGGUUCAAGAGGGCAAUUCUAGGAAAGGGAUUUUAGAGUCUGAUAAUGGUAACGCCAAUGCACAGAUUAGCACAGUAGGUCAGACCUCUAGGGAACAGCAGUCAAAGAUGGAAAACGCGGGUGUUAACUUUGUUGUCUCUGGCAGAGAACAGGCUCAAAUACAUAACACUGAUGGACCAAAAAAUGGAAACACUAACUCCUUGAACUUAAGUUCGCCAAACCCUAUGGAGAAUAAGGGAAUGCCCUUUGAAAUGGGCUUGGGGAACCCCUCCAGAAGCACUGACACCCCUUCACAAAGCACUGGAGAAAGAAAGACUGGGAGUGUUGGAUCUUGGGGUACAUCUAGGGGGCCUUCUGGAACUGACACAGCCGCUGGACAAAGCAAUUCUGGAAACCAUGGGAACAAUGGAAAGGAUAGAGAGGACUCCUGGAAAGGAGCUUCUGUUCAAAAACCUAAUGGGUCAAGAAAUGAUUCUUGGGAUAACAACAACAGGUCUAUGGGUGGUGGGUCUUGGAACUUUGGCCCUCAGCACUCAAAUGAAAAUAAAUGGGGUGAAGGGAACAAAUUGACAUCUGGGGUCUCUCAGGGAGAAUGGAAACAGCCGUCUGGGUCUGAUGAACUGAAGAUUGGAGAAUGGAGUGGUCCAAACCAACCAAAUUCUAGCACUGGAGCAUGGGACAAUCAAAAGGGCCACCCCCUUCCUGAAAACCAAGGCAAUUCCCAGGCUCCCUGUUGGGGAAGAUCUUCCAGCUCUACAGGAAGUGAGGUUGGAGGUCAAAGCACUGGAAGCAACCACAAAGCAGGAAGUAGUGACAGUCACAAUUCUGGACGCCGGUCAUACAGGCCUACGCAUCCUGAUUGCCAGGCAGUCUUGCAGACUUUGCUGAGCAGGACUGAUUUGGACCCCCGUGUGCUUUCAAACAAUGGCUGGGGCCAAACUCAAAUUAAGCAAGAUACAGUUUGGGAUAUUGAGGAGAUGCCAAGACCUGAGGGGAAAUCUGAUAAAGGAACUGAGGGGUGGGAGAGCUCUGCCACACAGACAAAGAACUCAGGGGGCUGGGGCGAUGCACCCAGCCAAAGCAAUCAAAACAAGUCUGGAUGGGGUGAGCUCUCAACCCCCACAGAGUGGAAGGACCCCAAAAACACAGGAGGAUGGAAUGACUAUAAGAACAACAAUUCUUCUAGCUGGGGAGGAGUAAGACCAGAAGAAAAGACCUCUUCCUCUUGGAAUGACAAUUCCAACAAAGAUCAAGGGUGGGGUGGACGGCAACCUAAUCAAGGAUGGUCUUCAGGAAAGAACAGUUGGGGAGAGGAAGUUGACCAAACAAAAAACAGUAAUUGGGAAGGUGCAGGAAACAAACCAGUGUCGGGUUGGGGUGAAGGUGGGCAAAAUGAGAUUGGGACUUGGGGUAAUGGGGCAAAUGCAAAUACCGCUUCAAAGGGCGGAUGGGAUGAUUGUAAAAGAACGCCAGCAUGGAAUGAGACUGGUCGACAGCCCAAUUCCUGGAAUAAGCAGCACCAGCAGCAGCAGGAGGCUUCUGGCUCCUGGGGUCCACCACCUCCAGGUAAUGGGCGACCACCAAAUCCAAACUGGAACAGUGGGCCACAGCCAGCUGCCCCCAAGGAUGAGGAACCCAGUGGCUGGGAAGAACCUUCUCCACAAUCGAUCAGUCGGAAAAUGGAUAUUGAUGAUGGCACUUCAGCAUGGGGAGACCCUAGCAGUUAUAACUACAAGAAUGUGAACCUGUGGGACAAGAACUCGCAAGGGGGACAGGCUCCACGAGAACAAAGCCUGCCUACUCCAAUGACUAGCAAAUCAACAGCAUCAGUCUGGAGCAAAAGCACACCACCUGCUCCAGAUAAUGGUACAUCUGCCUGGGGUGAGCCAAAUGAAACCAGUCCCGGGUGGGGUGAAGUAGAUGAUACAGGAGCAUCGACAACAGGCUGGGGGAAUGCACCCUCCAACGCCCCGAAUACCAUGAAACCUAGUUCCAAAUCUAUGCAAGAUGGCUGGGCGGAGAAUGAUGGGCCAGUAGCAGGAACACGUCAUUCAAGCUGGGAAGAGGAGGAGGAAGGAGGAGUCUGGAACACAGCAGGCUCUCAAGGAAGCAGUUCCUCCCACAACUCAACAAGCUGGGGGCAAGGAGGAAAGAAACCACAAAUUAAGUGUUCAUUAAAAGGAGGAAAUAGUGAUUCAUGGAUGAACCCUUUAUCCAAACAGUUUUCAAACAUGGGAUUGCUAAGUCAAACUGAGGACACUCAAGGCAGUAAGAUGGACAUGUCUGUAGGUGGUCUCCCAGAUAAGAAAUUUGAGGUGGACAAACGAGCCAUGAACCUCGGGGAUUUUAAUGAUAUAAUGAGAAAGGAUCGAUCUGGGUUCCGUCCACCUAAUUCCAAAGACAUGGGAACCACAGAUAGUGGGCCUUAUUUUGAGAAGGCUGGCAAUCAUGGUUUAUUUGGAAACAGCACAGCACAAUCGAGGGGCAUGCACACACCAGUGCAGCCACUAAACCCUUCCCCCAAUAUCCGGGCACAAGUGCCUCCCCAGUUUCUUUCCCCCCAGGUUUCUGCCUCCGUGCUCAAGCAGUUUCCCAACGGUGGCUUGAACCCAGGUCUUUUCAAUAUAUCUCCUCAACAGAUUGCUAUGCUGAGUCAGCUUCCAAAUAUUCCUCAGUUUCAACUAGCAUGUCAGCUUCUUCUUCAGCAGCAACAGCAGCAGCAGCAGCAGCAGCAACAGCUGUUACAGAACCAGAGAAAGAUUUCUCAAGCUGUACGACAGCAGCAAGAGCAACAGCUUGCUCGUAUGGUGAGUGCCCUCCAGCAGCAGCAAAGGCAGCCUGGCAUGAAGCAUUCUCCAUCCCAUCCAGUUGGGCCUAAGUCACAUUUAGACAGCAUGGUACCCAAUGCUCUGAAUGUGGGUCUCUCAGAUAUACAGACCAAAGGGCAAAUACCUGGAUAUGGUUCUGGCUUUGGUUCAAGUGGCAUGGAUUAUGGCAUGGUGGGAGGGAAAGAAGCUGGAUCAGAAUCUCGCUUUAAACAGUGGACUUCUAUGAUGGAAGGGAUGCCCUCCGUAGCUUCACAAGAUGCCAAUAUGCACAAAAAUGGCGCAAUAGUGCCCCCUGGAAAAGCCCGUGGAGGAUCGCCCUACAACCAAUUUGACAUAAUCCCAGGCGACCCGCUGGGUGGCCAUGCAGGCCCUGCUGGCGAUAGUUGGUUACCUGCCAAAUCUCCACCAACGAACAAGAUCGGAAGCAAAUCCAGCAAUGCUAGCUGGCCUCCAGAGUUCCAGCCGGGAGUGCCAUGGAAAGGUAUUCAAAACAUUGACCCUGAAUCUGACCCCUAUGUGACCCCUGGAAGUGUGCUGGGGGGUACAGCCACCUCUCCCAUUGUAGAUACUGACCACCAACUUCUGCGGGACAACACCACAGGGUCUAAUUCUUCCCUCAACACCUCGCUGCCUUCACCUGGUGCCUGGCCCUACAGUGCCUCUGACAAUUCCUUCACCAAUGUUCAUAGCACUUCAGCAAAAUUCAAUGAUUACAAAUCAACAUGGUCCCCAGAUCCCAUAGGACACAAUCCCACUCAUCUCUCCAACAAGAUGUGGAAAAACCAUAUUUCCUCAAGGAACACUACAGGGCUGCCCCGCCCACCACCUGGCCUGACCAACCCCAAACCAUCAUCUCCCUGGAGCAGCACAGCACCCCGAUCGGUCAGGGGGUGGGGGGCACAGGACUCAAGGCUUGCCUCUGGUGAGAAGGAUCUCCUGAUAGCAUCAUUGCUCGGCCGUGAGGGGUGUGUGUUAUACAACGCUAAUGGUGUGGAUAUGAUGCGGCCUUCACAAGAGAGGAAGUUGCGGUUGCCUGCCUCUACCUGGAGUGAUGGUGGCUCAGUUCGUCCUAGCUACUGGCUGGUUCUUCACAAUCUCACUCCACAGAUCGAUGGGUCAACCUUGAGGACGAUCUGCAUGCAGCAUGGCCCACUGCUGACAUUCCAUCUGAACCUGACCCAGGGCACCGCCCUAAUCCGAUACAACACCAAACAGGAGGCGGCCAAGGCCCAGACUGCACUGCACAUGUGCGUGUUGGGAAACACUACCAUCCUGGCUGAGUUUGCCACAGAUGAGGAGGUUAGUCGCUUUCUGGCACAAGCUCAGCCCCCGACACCUGCAGCAACGCCAAGUGCACCCGCAGCAGGCUGGCAAUCCCUGGAGACAGGACAGAACCAGACAGAUGCAGUUGGACCUCCUUUGAAUCUUUUUGGUGGGUCAGCAGGGCUUGGGCAGUGGAGCAGCAGUGGUGGCAGCAGCAGUGGGGGCGAUCUCUCUGGCGCUUCAUUGUGGGGGCCCCCAAACUAUUCUUCAAGCUUGUGGGGGGUCCCAAGUGUAGAGGAUCCCCACAGAAUGGGCAGCCCUGCUCCCUUACUACCUGGAGACCUUCUGGGAGGAGGGUCGGAUUCAAUCUGAACUUAGAACUUUCAACUCUGACCUCGUGACCUUUUUUGGAACAGCAGCAGCACUAACUUGACCUUUUCGUUUUUUUUCAACUUGCAAUAAAUACAUUUUUAAAAGGAAAAAAGAAAACGGAGAGAGAAAAAAGGUGGGUCAUUGACAGACUGUCUGAGCACAUAGUUGCCUCCCUUAUGUAACUUCAGUUUUUUCGUUUGGAAUAUGAAUCCAAAAAGAGAACAUAUCACUCUUGAAAUACUUGAAUCAUGAACGCCAACUUAGAAAGACAAUGUGAAGCAAGUACACAUACCAUUUAAAUUUAAACACAAAAAAUUAAAAAAAUUAGUUUCUAGUUUUUCACUUUUUCAUGUUAUACGGAAGUUGUUGCUAAGAAACAUAUAUACUGAAAAAAUAGCUUUUUAACUUUGUUUGCACUGGGUGUG